UUGUGUUCGGUUUAUGGCCAUCGUCUGUCGACUCAAAGUCUUCAACAUCACUACAACUAAAGUAACAUAACUUUUUGUCUCCUAGUGCGGUUACUUAUUAGCUCAAUAUUCAUGGUUAUCACAAAUGUACAUGUUUAUAUUGUUAUAUUUACGUCAGUGGUGCCAUAUGUUACUACUGCCAACCACAAUGCGAUACGCAGAGACGUAAUAUCCCACCCUAACUGGAAACUUCUGGAACGAAACGUUGAUUGUGGAAAGACCGACAAUUACAGAAUAGUAGGGGGAGACAAUGCCAGGUUAGGACAGUAUCCUUGGAUAGCUCGCCUCAUAUAUAAACGAAAAAUCGAUAACAAGAUGCGAAAUGUUUCUGAGUGCGGUGGAACCAUUAUCAGCGAAAAAUACAUCCUCACAGCCGCCCACUGUGGACCGAGGAGGAUGGGGAUACCAUUGAUAUCAGUCCGCCUAGGUGAACACAGAAUAUACACAAAUCCUGACUGUGAUCGUCGCGUCUGCGCUCCUCCCGUGCAGGAUAUUCAAGUUGAAGAACACAAAUGUCAUGAAAAUUAUGACAGAUUUGUUCGCCAAAAUGAUAUUUGUCUUCUGAGAAUGGCCAGUCCAAUACGAUUCAACGAUUUUGUUUCACCCAUUUGCCUUCCGGUUUAUGAAAUAUUUCAACGAAUUGCCUACGAAGGGAAGACUUUGGAAGUAGCCGGAUGGGGAAUUCGUGACAUAUUUUUGAAGCGAGGCAGUUCCAUUUUACAAACGAUAAUGGUUAAGAUCAGUAAUCAUCGCCAGUGUGUCGAGAUGUACAAGAACAAAGGGAUGAUGAUAAGUAGCAACCAGAUAUGUGCAGGAGGUAUCAUCGGGAAAGAUUCCUGCAAUGGGGACUCGGGAGGUCCCCUCAUGGCACCCAUCUCCGUGGAGUCUCCACCGAAGUACUUCAUCAUUGGAGUCGUCUCUUUCGGUCCGACGUACUGUGCCGACACCGACAUGCCCGGCGUCUACACGAUGGUCUCUGAUUACGUGCUGUGGAUCUUAAACAACAUUAGAGAAUAAUAAUGCAAUUUUCAGCUAUUUUAAUGAUUUUUAGCCAUUAGCUUAAUUGUUAAUGCUCCCAUUAAAGAGUAUGGAAUCUGUUGAAUGUCAACUAUAAAAACUAUUUGUUGGGAAAACUUAUUUUCAGGAUAAAUUCUGGAGUUAAUAUUAAUUUUUAUAAUAAACUGGAAGUAUUCUAUAAAGGUUCACAAUAAAUUAUACUUUAC